AUGGAAAAAGAUAAUAAAGUUAAGUAGUUAAAUAUAGACUUUAAACUACUUCAACAUGCCAAGGAUUUCAUUCCUAAUAUGAUAGAAUUCAAACUUACUUAAGUCAUUAAUGGCUAAGUCACAACUAACAAGCCCUAAUCUAAAUCUGAUGUCAAAGUUUACAUUCCUCCUAGAAUCAAAUCUUUGAUGGCCCAUCUGAAUAUCACUGAUAAAAAUGAGCUUUUGAAAAAGCAUUUAAUUAAUAGAGUAGAGAAUGAGUAAUAGCUAAUUGAAGAUCGAUAAAACCAAGAAGAUUUCAAACUUAAUGCUGACACAUCGGCUUAAAAUAAGUUCAAGAAAUAAGAGAAAAAAGAGUUAAAUGAGCGAGUGUAGGUAGUAACUAUAAAUGAUUUGACUAAAGACUAAAUGAAUGAUAUCAAGGGUUCAGGUUGGGAUAGUGAUAACUCUAUAACUACGAAACUAAAGCUAAGAGAAAAGAGAUAGAAAUUAGAGUAUGAUUAGAAAAAGCAGUUUCCAACUGAGGUGUUUAGAUAAAGAGAUGAGUGGGAUUAGGCCUAUGAUGCGGGAAAGCAGAAGAAGAUUAAAACCAAGAAUUAUAAGCCAUUUGAACUGUAAAAUAGGUAGUUCUAGUCUACUUAUGAAGAUAUAAAGUAGCAUAAGAAAAUGGGUUUGCCAAUGCAGAAGUAGAGUCAUAACAAAAAAAGAGAUAAUAAAUUUAAUGCUAAGAAGAGUGUUAGAAUUAAUUGA